AUAAUGAAGUGCGCCGUAAUAAGCUGUGGUAAAACCAAUAAUAACAAAGCAUCAGAAUGUAGUUUAUUUCGUUUUCCCGCUGAUCCCAAUCUUGCCAGAAAAUGAAUAAAAUUCUGCCGGCAGGAUAAAGAUUUUAAUCCAAAGACCGGCUACGUGUGCAUGGAUCACUUUUCCAGUGAGGACUUUGAAAAUAGUCUUAAGUACCAAAUGGGCUUUGCAAAGAAACGGGCUUUAAAACGAGGUGUUGUGCCAACCAUUUACAAAAAACAAAUUAAGAAUCCGGAACGUAUCGAACGAGCUCAUCGCCGGGAAAAUAAAAUGAUUGUUGCUGAACUACUUCAGCGGCAUGAAACAAGUACUUCAUACAAGGAAAGGAUGAAGAAGUUGCACAUCUCCCCGAAGCACAAUAUGGCUGAUGGGCCAUCAACAUCACACGAAAGCGUUGGAUACAAUAGUUUUACACAGAAAACAGAGGAUCUGAAAAGGAAUCCGAGCGUCAAGAAAUUGUGCGACUAA